AUGAAUAAUGACCACCAAAAGCCUCAUGCAAUCGUGAUUCCUUACCCUCUCCAAGGCCACGUGAUCCCCUCCGUUCACCUUGCCUUGAAGCUCGAAACAAAGGGCUUCGUCAUCACCUUCGUCAACACCCAAUCCAUCCACCAACAGAUAACCAAAUCCCAACCCAAUCACUCGGAUACUUUCGGCGACGACAUCUUCACCGACUCUCGUAAAUCGGGUCUCGACAUCCGUUAUGUCGUCGUCAAUGAUGGGUUCCCGCUGGGAUUCGAUCGUUCCCUCAACCAUGACCAGUACUUUGAAGGUGUUCUGCAUGUCAUGUCGGCUCACGCGGAUGAACUCGUAGGUGAAACAAUUAAAACAAACCCUCCUCCGACGUGUUUAAUAGCAGACACCUUUUUUGUUUGGUCGUCCAUGAUAUCCAACAAAUAUAAUUUGGUUAAUGUUUCCUUCUGGACGGAACCAGCUCUGGUCUUCACUCUCUAUUACCACGUCGACCUCCUCCGAAAAAAUGGUCAUGUUGGCUCUCUUGAUACGUAUUUUAUUUGUCGAGAUAUCAAAUUUAAGCAUGAUAAUCGUGAAGAUACAAUCGAUUACAUUCCGGGGAUUGGAGCUAUAGAACCAAAGGAUUUAAUGUCAUAUCUGCAGGCAUCCGAUACGACGACAGUGGUGCAUCGAAUAAUCUUUAAGGCCUUCAAGGACGUAAAGAAUGCAGAUUUCAUCAUCUGCAACACCAUACAAGAGCUUGAACCCCAAACAAUCUCAGCCUUGCAUGAAAAGCAUCCCACUUAUGCAAUCGGACCCAUUUUCCCAACCGGCUUCACCAAGAGCGUCGUGGCAACGAGCCUGUGGUCAGAGUCUGACUGCACCCGGUGGCUCGACACGAAGCCUCCUGGAUCGGUUUUAUACGUCUCGCUCGGCAGCUAUGCUCACGUCAGUAAAAAUACUAUCGUGGAAAUAGCCCAGAGGCUUUUGCUAAGCGGGGUGAGUUUCAUUUGGGUGCUUCGCCCUGGUUCCAUAAACUCUGAUGAAACUGAUGUUUUACUCGUUGGAUUUGAAGAAGAAGUCAAAGAGACGGGUCUGAUGGUGCCGUGGUGUUGCCAAAUUGAAGUGAUAUCACAUCCGACGGUUGGGGGGUUCUUAACGCAUUGUGGGUGGAAUUCUAUACUCGAGAGUGUAUGGUGCACCGUACCUUUGAUUUGUUUGCCUUUGUUGACUGAUCAAUUCACAAACAGAAAAUUAGUGGUUGAUAAUUGGAAGAUUGGAGUUAAUGUUUGUGAUAACAAGCAGAUCAAAGCGGAGGAGGUGGCAGAGACGAUCCAUUGCUUGAUGAAUGGGAAAUUAGGGGAUGAAUUAAGGAAGAACAUCGAGGUGGUCAAAAACAAGUUAGAGAAUGCAUUGUCGACCGACGGAUCAUCACAAGUAAGCUUGGAAAAGUUCAUCAGUGAUGUUAAGAUCAAAACUCAAGAGAAAUGUGCGUCUGCCAUGUGUCAGCAGCUCAACUCAUCAGCCAAUCAUGGUUAA